AUGUCACAGGACGGCGAGGGUUUUUGCUCUCCAUCCCUUGCCCUGGGCCAGGCCCAUCAGCUGGCUGAGCUGGAGCCGCAGGUGGUGUGUGAUCCGCCGCUUGAGGAAGGGAGGUGGCGCGCACGGAAGAGGAAGCACCCGGCGGAGCUUGAGCAGCUACAGCAGCUGGUGCAUGCACAGCAUCCUUUAGGGCUGCAUACCAUGACCAGGCCAGAUCCUGGGGACGGGGAUAGGGAUCCAGAUGUGCUCUCUAUUGCAGCCUCUGACAGUUUGGAAGGUCUGCACGACCCCCAGUCCGAGGAGGAUGAUCAGUCGCUCUCUGACUUGGGGGAUGCUUCUGUGCCUGAGCAGUUGGACCCUUCUGAUAGAGCUGUGAUUGCGAGGGUGGCAGCACGCGCACAGCUGUCCUGCCAAGCUCCGCUUCCAGCUACUUCAGUGUUCGACAGGGGCUCACGGUGGCGCAGGUCAGACGGGCUCCCUGUCCUUCCUGACUUUAUGUCAGAGCUGCAGGCAUCAUGGAGCGCUCCUAGCUCUACAGCCCUUCCGAGAUCCCAGCUGGCCAACCUUACAGGGGCGGAUGCUCAUGGGGUGGCCACAGCGCCCCGAGUGGGCCCCACCUUUGCUAUUGUUAGCAGCCGCUGUGGCAAGGGCUGCAGGGAUGCCACUCACCCUAACAGACGCUGCAGGACGACUGAUAACCAGCUCUGCAGAGCUUAUCAUGCCUCAGCUCUGGCGGCCAGUGCACAUGCCAAAGCCCUUGGUCAGUCGAUGGCCUCCAUGGUCCAGGCACGGCGCCAAGUCUGGCUGUCGCAGUCUAAUCUGUCCGACCAGGACUGCAUUGCUGUGCUGGCGGCUCCAGUGGUGCCUGGAGAGGUCUUUGGUCCGCCCUGUGAGGCGGCCUUGGAACAUGGAACUGCUCACCUUGGGGGCACCAGGCCUCAGUCAGCUGGUGGUCGGAUCGUCGCUGACGGAUGCCAGCCUCCGGCCUCACACUUCACUCCUCAGCACCUUGCUCACUGGCGCCAGUGUACUCAGUGCCCUUGGGUGCUAAAUACGCUGGAGUCAGGGUACAGACUCCAGUUCAGAACCAGACCACCUCCAUUUUUGGGAAUCGUUCCUACUUUCCUGCACGACAGGACAGGUUGUCAAUCCCGCGUGACAGAGGUCGCGGCCCUUCUACAGAAGGGGGCAAUAACACCCGUCCCCAGCGGCGAGGCGCACAAAGGUUUUUAUUCAACCUAUUUCCUGGUUCCAAAGAAGGACAGCAGCCUGUGUCCUAUCUUGAACCUGAAGGAGUUCAAUUACUUCCUGAAACGCCUGCCCUUCCAUAUGCUUCGUCUGUCACGCCUUCUAUCAUCUGUAAGGCGCGGGGACUGGUUCACUGCAGUGGACCUGCACGACGCGUACUUCCACAUUCCCAUACACAGGGGCCACAGGAAGUACCUCCGUUUUUUCUUUCAAGGCAACGCCUACGAGUACAACGUCCUCCCAUUCGGCCUGUCCUUGUCUCCUCGCACCUUCACAAAGUGCAUGGAGGCAGCGCUGGCCCCUCUGCGUCGCCAGGGGAUUCAUAUCUUGAAUUACCUGGACGACUGGUUGAUUUGCUCCCCAACCGAACAUCAGGCUCAGCUCGACACCAUGACAGUGUUGAGCCACCUCGAAAACCUGGGGCUGGCUGUAAACAGGGAGAAUGGUUGCCUUAUUCCAUCCCAGCGGGUGGAAUAUUUAGGUUUGGUUCUGGAUUCGGCCUUGCUCAGAGCUGUCCUGACCCAGAAGAGAACAGUGGUGCUGAUGGAGAGCUUGUCGCAGUUAACUGUGGGCAAGCACAUUACAGUGAAGUGUACCUGAAGGCUGUUGGGCCUCAUGGCAGCAGCAUCCCAGGUGGUGCCCCUAGGGUUGCUUCACAUGCGGCCUCUGCAGCGUUGGCUUGCCAGGCACAGAGUGAGCCCCCACGAGGAUGGCCUGAGGGCUAUCCCGGUGUCCUCGACUUGUCUUCCGGCAGUGGCAUGGUGGACCACUGCCCUGGGCCUCAGGGAAGGUGUUCCGUUGGGUCCAGUGUGUUCAAGGGUGACCAUAACUACGGACGCCUCAGAGGCAGGCUGGGGAGCCCUAUAUAGGAACCACCCAGCCCGCGGCUGUUGGGCCCCUUUGGAGGCAGUGUAUUGGGCCUUGGUGCAUUUCCUUCUGGUAAUUCGGGGGAAGCAUGUGUUGGUCCGCACCAACAAUUCAACCGUGGUCGCUUACAUCAACCACCAAGGGGGGCUGCGGUCAAGGUCCCUGCACGACUGGACGCACAAAAUCCUCCUCUGGGCUCAUGCUCAGGGUGUGUCCCUGAAAGCCAUUUACUUGCCAGGAGUGGCGAAUGUGGCAGCAGAUCUCCUGUCCAGGGGUGGCCCCCAGCCAGGGGAGUGGCGACUUCACCCACAGGUUGUGAAGGCCAUUUGGGCUCGGUUCGGGGAGGCCCAGGUAGACCUCUUUGCCACACAGGAGACCACUCAUUGCCCGCUGUGGUACUCCAUAGCGGGUCCGGUGGGGACUUUGGGGGUGGACACUAUUUCACAUCAGUGGCCCCAGGGCCUGCUGUAUGCUUUUCCCCCCUUUCCACUCAUACCAGUGGUAUUGGCCAGGGUAGAGAUGAUGGAGGCCAGGGUUCUGCUUGUGGCCCCGAACUGGCCACAUCAGCCGUGGAUGGCGACCUUGCAGAGGCUGUUGGCAGGGACCCCUUGGUGCCUCCCAGUCAGGCCAGACAUGCUGUCACAGGCUUGGGGAGAACUCUGGCACCGGAAUCCGGGAGUUUACAGGUUACAUGCCUGGCCCUUGGACAGGAGCCACCCUGCAGCUUGA